AUGGGUUACUUCUUUUUUUUUUUAACUUUUCUUUCGUUUUAUUUCUUUUUAUUUAUUCUGUUUCUUUUUUUCUUUGUCUUUUGUUUGAUUAUUUUUCAUUAUUUUCUAAAUUCCUCCUUAUACUUUCUUUCUUUCUUUCUUUCUUUCUUUCUUUCUUUUCUUUCUUUCUUUCUUUCUUAUGGUUACGUUCAUUUUCUUUCUGCCUCGUCAUCUUCAAGUAGACCCAAUUAUUUAAUUAUCUAUACUUUUUUUUGUCAAUAUCUUUCUUUCUUUCCCUCUUUCUUUCUUUCCCUCUUUCUCUCUUUCCCUCUUUCUCUCUUUCUUUCUUUCUUUCUUGCAACCUCAUCGUUGCACACUCCGUUCAUAAUUCUUUCCGAUUCUUUCUUUCUUUCUCUCUUUCUUUCUUUCCCUCUUUCUUUCCUUAUUUCCGAUUCUUUCUUUCUUUCUCUCUUUCUUUCCCUCUUUCUUUAUUUCUUUCUUUCCGAUUCUUUCUUUAUCUCCCUCUUUCUUUCUUUCCCUCUUUCUUUCCCUCUUUCUUUCCCUCUUUCCGAUUCUUUCUUUCUUUCUCUCUGCCUUUCUUUCCCUCUUUGUUUGUUUGUUUGUUUCUUUCUUUCUUUCUAG